UAUAUCUGCUAAGGGUGGACCUCAUCAACGUGAAAAAUCAACUCUACGUUUAUGGAGCUUUAACAAGGUAAAUAUGAAGCUUUAUGUGCAGGAUUAAGGCGGUAAUGCCCCGCGUACGUUCUGCUGCUAUAAAAGAGUCGACCUGAGCCCUGAAGAGCAUCUCAUCUCCAACCUUCCUCCCUGAAAUAAACAGCUGAAGCCUGCAGAUUGUUGGUAACAUGGCCGUGAUGAAGUGCAUCCUGGGCCUCCUGGUCCUGUUGGCAGUCUCAGCCUGGACCGAGGCACAGGGCGACCCGACCGUCACAGAGCAGCUGGAGAACGCCAACAAGGACCUCGGACGUGACCGUGACGGUAUCGAGGUCAUCGGCGACAUCGCCGUGUCCCGUCAGGCCUACACCAGGAACGCCGACCCCUGUGUGCGCCGCGGCUGCAUGUGGCCCAAAGCCACCGAUGGAAAGGUUUACAUUCCCUACGUCAUCGCCAACCACUACAGUACUCAGGAGUUGAACAUCAUCAACAGAGGCAUCAACUCCUUCUCCUACUCCACCUGCAUUCGCUUCUACCCCCGGAGAAACGAGAGGGACUUCCUCUACAUCCAGUCUCUGGACGGGUGCUACUCCUACGUGGGUCGCCAGGGGAACGCCCAGACUGUGUCUCUGAGCCGCCGGGGCUGCAUUUACCACGGGACGGUGCAGCACGAGCUGCUGCACGCUCUGGGCUUCAACCACGAGCAGUGCCGCUCCGACAGGGACCAGCACAUCCGGGUUGUGGAGCAGAACAUCCUCAAAGGUCAAGCUUACAACUUCAACAAGAUCGACACUCUGAACCAGGGGACUCCGUACGACUACGACUCCGUCAUGCACUACGGCAGACUGGCGUUCUCCAAGGACAACCAGAGCCCGACCAUGGUGGCCGUCCCCAACCCCAGGUCCGUGUUCGGCACGGCCACGCAGAUGAGCCGCAACGACAUCAACCGCAUCAACCUGCUGUACUGCAGCAACUAGAUCAUCAGAUGUUGUUUGGUAUUCUGACAGAUAACUUUAACUAUAUCUAUUCCACUUUUACUCUCCAUUUGAUUGUUCCUAAACAGGGAAAGUCUGGAUUCGUUUGAGUGAAGGACU